AUGCCGCGCGCGACCAAAUCCACACGCCACACGCCAGGCCUGCCUUCGUCGACCUUCGUCCUCGACAACGGCGCGUACAACAUAAAAGCAGGGUUCGCGCCCGCAGGCCCGGCCUCUGACGCCGCGGCUCUACAAAAAUGCAAUACCAUCCCCAACUGCAUCGUGCGCACGCGCGACAAGAAGACCUACAUCGGCGCGCAAAGCGAGAAAAUCACACAAUGGAGCGAGUCGUUAUUUCGACGGCCGGUGGAAAACGGCCAGGUCGUCAGCUGGGAGACGCAGAAGGAGAUCUGGGAUGAGAGUUUCUUCGAUGACAAGACGGCGCGGAACGACCUGCUGGUGAAACACCCCGAGGAGACGACAUUGUUGUUUACGGAACCGCCGAACACGAUGCCCGAGUUGCAGAAGAAUGCGGAUGAGAUCAUCGUCGAGGAAUGGGGGUUUGGCGGGUAUGCGCGGGUCCUUGGCCCGUCACUUAGCGCGUACAAUGACCUGCAUCCACUGUUUGAGGGAGAAUCUUACGCGAAUUCCGACAAUGCGGAUCUGCCCGUGGAGUGCGUCCUGGUUAUAGACAGCGGGUACAGCCACAGCACGGUCACGCCGCUGUUCAACGGCCGGCCGAUUCAUCGAGCCAUCCGCCGCCUCGAUUUCGGAGGCAAGCACCUGACGAAUCUGCUCAAGGAAAUCAUAUCGGUGCGGCACUUUGAUCUCCACCAGGACACCAAGAUCGUCAACGACAUCAAAGAGGAAGUGUGUUUUGUGAGUGACGACUUCCGACGUGACCUCGAGAGGACAUGGAAGGGCAACAAAGGCCGGCGUCAGCAGGUGGUCGCUUCGAAACCCACCCAGGAUUCGGGGCAGGCAAUGGACCUUGGCCGACCUGCUUCCCAGGACCAGGACGAAGAGCUCCGCGUCGAUUACAUCCUCCCCGACGGGAUCCGCCUGCUCCGCGGCUUCUCCCGCCCGCACGACUCCAGCACCAGUGCUCAAAGACGGCGCAAAGCCGCUGCCCUCGCUGCCGAUCCCGAGGCAGAAAUAUCCAUGACGCUGGGCAACGAGCGGUUCUCAGUGCCCGAAAUCCUCUUCUCGCCCAGCGAUAUUGGGUCAAAGCAGCCUGGCCUGCCGGACAUCGUUAUGCAGAGCCUUAGUGUCUUGCCACCCCUCGUGCAGGCGACCAUGCUGAGUAACGUGCUCGUCGUGGGCGGGACUGCAAAGAUCCCCGGUCUAGUGGAGAGAUUGCAAGCCGAGCUUCGAAUGCGGGUCAAGACGGAAUGGGCCGUCAGGGUGAGGAAGAUGCCGGAUCCGACAACGAGUACGUGGCUUGGGGGUGCGAGGUUGGCGAGUCACUGGCCCGAAGUGGUCAGGGAGUACGGUGUCACUAAAGAAGAGUACUACGAGCACGGAAGUGCCUGGGUCGCACGGCGUUUUGUGAGCGGUGGGAGCGGGAAAGGACCUUGA